CUAAAAUCUUUGUCGGAACAAGAAAAAAAAGAAAGUCGAAAAAAAAAACAGUGAAAAUGGUAAGCAAAAAUCUUACGACGACGUUGCUCCUCUUCACCACCUUUCUCUUCAUUUCCGGAUCAAUCUCAGCCGUUCACUCCUCUCCACGACUUAACGCAACGACCAAAGAUCUAGAGUUCGUCCGAACAAGCUGCAACGUCACUCAAUAUCCAGACCUCUGCUUCAAGUCUCUCGCGGGCUACGCCUCCACCGUUCAUGAAAACCCGGCGAGGCUAACCAAAAUCUCAGUCGAUGUUGCGAUUUUAAAAGCUAAAUCAACGGUUGUGUUUCUUUCCAGACUCUCGCGGUCCGCACCCGAAGUCAAAAACUGUGUUUCUUACGUAAGAUACGCAUUAGACUCAAUGAGAAAUGAUUGUCUCCCAAUACUACGAAACAUUAUACGUGGAGGCGGCGUCGCGGCGGCUCCGUCACCGGCUGCUCCCCCGUCCUCGGAGGUGUUUAGUAAUCAGAUGGAUGACGUGAUUACGUAUAUGAGUACAGUGAUUACGUUUGAGGAAACGUGUACGGACGAAUAUGAAGAUGAAGAAGGAAAGGUCAAGACUGUUGUUUGUGAUCGGGUGAACAAACUGAAAAUGUUUUCUAGUAUUGCUCUUUCCCUUGCGAACAGUUUAGCCAAGAAUGGAUCUUCUCCAUGAGAUUAGAUUAUGAAUAUUUUUAAUUUUUAAUUUUAUCGGUUCGUCGGAUAAUUUGUUCUUAUAUUUUUUAAGGUUUCUUUUGAUAAAUUAAUAUAUUAUCGGUUUUAAUAUUAAAAUUGUCAUUGUUGUGUGUAAAA